AUUAAUCCCAGCUGAUAUUCGUUUCACAAGUUUUUCUCAAGUAUUUCACAAUCGAGCAGCUGGUAGUUGAGUUAGAGGUUAGAUCUAAAUAACAAACUUCUUGAUUAUAUUCUGAAGUUGAACUAGCUUCCUUGCAAAUUUUUCUACAAUGGACGCGAGCGAAAAAUUAUCUAAAAGUGAAACAAUCCGACUUCGAGAGAAGUUCAUCGCGCCAUCAUGCAAGUUAUUUUUCAAAGCUGACCCACUUAAAAUUAUUUCAGCUAAAGGGCAAUAUAUGUUCAAUGAAAAAGGAGAGAAAUAUUUAGACUGCAUCAACAAUGUAACUCAUGUUGGACAUAGCCAUCCCAAAAUUGCUGAGGUGGCAUAUAAUCAACUCAAAACAUUGAACACCAAUUCUAGGUUUCUGCAUGAUAAUCUAGUCAUUUAUGCUGAGAGGUUGACAAGUUUAUUACCUCCUCCGUUGAGUGUCUGUUUUUUUGUUAAUUCUGGAUCUGAAGCAAAUGAUCUAGCUCUAAGACUUGCCAGAACACAUACAAAGCGUAAAGAAGCCAUUGUGCUGGAUCAUGCUUACCAUGGACAUGUCAUAUCCUUGAUUGAUGUUAGUCCAUAUAAGUUUGCCCAUACUGGAGGUGAAGGACAACCUGAUUGGGUUCAUGUUGCACCAGUGCCAGAUGUCUAUGGUGGUAAAUACAGAAAUGAUAAACAUUCAGCUGAAGAACUUGUUCAGUUGUACUCAGAUGAUGUCCAAAAAUUGGUUGAUCUAUCUGCUGCUAAUGGUAAAGGAAUAAGUUGCUUUAUUGCUGAAUCCCUGCAAAGUUGCGGAGGUCAAAUCAUUUUGCCCCCCGAUUACCUACGACGAGUAUACAAGAGCGUUAGGGAUGCCGGAGGUGUCUGCAUAGCCGAUGAAGUUCAAGUUGGUUUCGGUAGAGUUGGAUCCCAUUGGUGGGCAUUCCAAUUGCAGGGAGAGGAUGUUGUUCCGGAUAUUGUCACCAUGGGCAAGCCCAUGGGGAAUGGACAUCCGAUAGCAGCUGUCAUCACCACAAAGGAAAUUGCGGACAGCUUUGCUGCCACUGGGAUGGAGUACUUUAAUACAUAUGGUGGAAAUCCUGUGAGUUGCGCUAUCGGCAAUGCAGUUAUAGACAUAAUCGAGGAAGAAAAUCUACGCGAGAACGCGACUGCAGUUGGAACUCGCUUAUUGGAUGGCUUAAAUAAAUUGAAAGAGAAACAUUCCAUUAUCGGUGAUGUCAGAGGAGUUGGAAUGUUCAUUGGAAUCGAUCUGGUCAAGGAUCGUACGAGUCGUGAGCCUGCCACGGCUGAGGCCCAGCACAUUAUAAGUCGAUUGAAGCAAGAGUUUAUUCUCUUCAGCGCUGAUGGGCCGCAUCGAAAUGUCCUGAAGUUCAAACCCCCGAUGGUUCUUUCUCUUGACGAUGCUGAUCACCUGUUGAGAACUCUAGACUCGAUACUUGAUGAAAUCAGUGCUGCAAAAUAACGAAUACUUCAACCCAGAUCAUUAUUAAAGAAUUGUGCAAUCUUGUUUGAAGCGGGCUAUUAUUUUUUUUAUUUCUUACUAAUUAAAAUUUGUUAUGUAGUGGUUAAAAUAUAAAUAUAGAUUGGUU